GUGGUUUUGAUUGGUUGUUUGUUUCUGUUGAACGCAGCACUACUUCCUGGUCAUUUUUGGUCAUGAAGGUCAGAAACCUCUGGAGCUGCGGUCAGAGGACGAGUCGGACUGCAACGAGUGGGUGGAGUGCAUCCAGCAGGCCAGCUACUCUGACAUCAUGAUCGAGCGUGAGAUCCUGAUGCAGAAGUACAUCCACCUGGUCCAGAUCUUGGAGACGGAGAAGAUCGCAGCCAAUCAGCUGCGCACUCAGCUGGAGGAUCAGGACACGGAGAUCGAGCGGCUCAAGGCCGAGAUUGUGGUGUUGAACAAAGCCAAGGAGAGGAUGUUCCCGUUCCAGAGCAACCAAGAAGAGGAAGACCCGGACAUCAAAAAGAUUAAAAAGGUGCAAAGCUUCAUGCGUGGCUGGUUGUGCCGGAGGAAGUGGAAGAUCAUCGUCCAGGACUACAUCUGCUCGCCUCACGCAGAGAGCAUGAGGAAGAGGAACCAGAUCGUGUUCAACAUGGUAGAGGCAGAGACGGAGUACGUCCACCAGCUCUCCAUUCUGGUCAACUGCUUCCUCAGGCCGCUGCGCAUGGCCGCCAGCUCCAAGAAGCCUCCCAUAAGCCACGAUGACGUCAGCAGCAUCUUCCUCAACAGUGAGACCAUCAUGUUUCUGCACGAGAUCUUCCACCAGGGCCUGAAGGCUCGCAUCGCCAACUGGCCGACGUUGGUUCUGGGUGAGUACUGAGUCAUUCAGUGGUCAGACUUAAAUACUUAAACCUGUAGACUGUACCAACUCUCAGAUCACAGCUCCUAACAUGAAAGACAUCAACAAAAAUGUAACCUACAUCUUCAUAAGUAAUGCUUCUGUAAUAAGAAAUAUAGACUAUUGUCAAAUUAUGAUGACGCAGUUUAUGAGUGGAUUUUGUGUUUGAUGAAAGUUAUUGUCUUUACAGU